GAUGAUUUUUUUCUGACCGCGAUAAAUACUAGAGAUUUCUUCCAUAUCUGUGUUUUUAACAGCGGAAAGAGCAGGAGAGAGGUGUUUUGGACAGUGUAUGGGAUCUGAAUACACACACGCACACACACACACACGCGCAAAGAGGAAAAUGGGACAAGAUAAGUCAGAGGCAGCUGAAAGGAGCAACAGAUGACAUUCUGCCAGUGCACAUAAACAAUUCCAAAUUAGGGGGAUUGAUCGGAUGGACGAUUGCAUUAACCAGCAAAAAGACAUACAAGACAUUAAAUGUGAUGCCACUAAUGGAAUUAUGGCUAUUUAACCAAGACUAUUGGAAGAAUGUUUAACAUACUAAUCAUAAACAAAUGAACAAACUUAUGCUUUGAGUCUCUUAGGCACUAUUCCCACCUUUUUUGCCCUAUAUAUAUAUAUAAAUAUAUAUUUAUUGCUGCUAUAUUUUAUUUCACAUUCAGAUUUGCUUUUUGAAAUCCAUACAAAUUCCUACAUUGCCCAAUACACACUCAAUAAAUCAUACAGGCUCACGCAAGCCCCAAUAAAACAUGGCAGAAAACAUGAGCUCCAAGAUGGAGAGUAGCUCCGUGUCCAACAUCUCCCUGCUGGGCCAGGGAGACUCUGUGUCCAAAUCAGUGGAGUAUAAGACCAUAUCAGUGUUUUUGGUGGUUCUGGUAUGCGGUGUGGGAAUUGUUGGCAACAUCAUGGUGGUCCUGGUGGUCCUUACUACACGACACAUGCGGACACCUACCAACUGCUACUUGGUGAGCCUUGCUGUGGCUGACCUGACGGUGCUGGUGGCGGCUGGGCUGCCCAACAUCUCUGAAAGCCUCAUGGCCACAUGGGUAUAUGGGCAAGCCGGCUGUCUGGGCAUUACCUACCUCCAAUACCUUGGCAUCAACGUGUCUUCCUGCUCCAUCACAGCAUUCACAGUGGAGAGAUACAUAGCCAUCUGUCACCCAAUGAGGGCUCAUACAGUGUGUACAGUCUCUAGGGCCAAGCGCAUCAUUGCAGGGGUGUGGGCCUUCACCUGCAUCUAUUGCAUGCUUUGGCUCUUUCUGGUGGACAUCCAAGUGAACAGCGAUGGACGCGUCCAGUGUGGGUAUCGCGUCUCCCGAGACCUCUAUCUGCCCAUCUACCUCAUUGAUUUCACCAUUUUUUAUGUCAUUCCACUGCUGCUAGCUAUCAUCCUGUAUGGCCUCAUUGCACGAAUCCUCUACCUGAACCCACUGUCCCACCCACCGGAUUCAGGCACCAUCGCAGCCCCCACGCUCAGAAGAAGCUGCAAAGAGCCUGUGGAUGCAAGCAAAGGAGGUCGUCAAGGACGACCAAAAAGUGCACCCUCAUCUCGGAAACAGGUCACCAAGAUGCUUGCUGUGGUGGUGGUCCUUUUUGCCCUGCUGUGGAUGCCAUACAGAACCUUGGUGUUAAUCAACUCUUUUGUCAGCACCCCAUACCUGGACGCCUGGUUCUUGCUUUUCUGUAGGACAUGCAUCUACGCCAACAGUGCUAUCAAUCCCGUAGUUUACAACCUGAUGUCUCAAAAGUUCCGCUCUGCAUUCCGUGGCCUGUACCGGUGCCAGCAAUUAGUCAGUCACCAGCGAAGCCCGUCUUCUGUCCAGACCAGUUACACUGUAGCUAGAGAUCCUCGAAGCACUCACUUCAGCAAUGGUACCAAGGAAACUGUCGAGAGAAUCAGCUGCACCAAUGCUAACCAGCAACCAAGCAUGGAAUGCCCCCUGAGUCAAAAGAAAGAAUCUACAGAGAUUGCCGGUAUUGACAACAUGGAUAAGCUACAAGAAAAGACAGAUGAAACUGACACAGUCAAGGAUCAAGGCGAUAUUGCAGAAUUUGUCUUAAAAAACGAAAGAAAAGCAAUUAAAAAAGAAGAUAAUGGUCCUGGCUUGGAGAACAAGAGUGAUAGCCAAUUCACUGAUAUAAGAAAAGAUAUGGAAAACUGUAAUAAUGUUAACAAUGACACCACUCCAGACAUUACCCAUUCUAAAGCAGUGAAGGCUGUGGCAGCCUCUGAUGAGAUGAAGCCUGCACUUGAGCAAAAUGCUACUGAAUUGCUGCACAGCAUGUUGUAAUAAAGCCCCUAAUGUUUCAUUCUUAAAGAUCUUCAAGGGAAAUCAUACAGUGGUGGGAAUUGUAUAGAUUAUUGCCCUGAUUUGAUGCUUGUGGUUAAAAAAAAUCUGAAGAUUAAUGUAAAUUUCAAACAGGAUACAAAACCGCUGCAUGACUUUGCACUUGCUGAUGAGAUGUUGGAUGGGGGACUCGCCAGCAACACCUUUCCCCUUUCUACAUUGGCUUAAAAAGAUUUUUAUGUGUUCUUUUCAUCCAUAUUAUAUUAAAACAACUUCCCUGAUCUUUCUGGAAGGAGAAAAAGAAAGUAAUGAAUCCAACCAAGUGAGUCCAAAACCUACUUCCGGGAGAUCAGAGCUACAAGGCGCUUUUAUCUGAUAACAUGGUCUAGAGCAUCAGGUCAGCACAAACAUACAUCCAUGUUAUCCGUUCUGCCAACCGGAGGAAUUUAGAGGCUGGCACUGGGCCAGAGAAAGAGCAGAGAGCAUGGCCAGGGGAGCUGACAUGUAAUGCAUGAACAUUUGUUCAAAAUAAAAGCCUGUGCUUUAGAACAUCUUGAUGGUUUACAACUGUUUCAUCUGCCAUCCUACUCAGAGGCAUGAUUAAGUCCACUAGGUAGCUUUUGUGGAGUGGAUGCAGACAAGAAAAGGGAAGAAUCAGACAUCAAUUUCCAGAC